CACUCACACAUCGAAAAUAAAUAUCAAAACAAAGGCUCACUUUAUGUGACUCAUGAAAUGAUACAGAAAACAAGUAAUUUAAAGCAAUAAAUUUGGAGCAAUUAGAUGAAGUUGCAGUAAAUAUAUCAACGUAAAUAAGUUUGGUACACAUAUCGCGAAGUAUAUUUGCUGAACACGUCCUGAAGGACAUCUCAUAAAGAAAUUGCUGAAACAUUAGUGCUCAAAGUGAUAAACAACCCACCAAAUCAUUGCAACCGUGCUUUAAUAAUCAGCCAAUAAGUUUGUGUUAUCAUAAGGGAAGUCUUCUGAUAUUGCAACAUGUUCCCAGCGCUGGGUGUAAUCGUAUUGAUUUUAAAAACAAGCCUAAUAAUGGCAUAUCGGCCAGUGUUCAUCUAUCAUGGCAUUCUCACCGGUGCUGAUAGUAUGAAUCACUUGGUGGGCAGAAUUCAGGAGAUGCAUCCAGACACAGUGGUGUAUAACUUCCAACGGUUCGGUGGCUGGUCAAGUUUGGAAAAUGCAUGGCAUCAGGUGUUGGAAGCCCAAACUAAUCUAAAAGUUAUCUGUGAUUUGCACCCAGAAGAGGGCAUAAACAUGAUCGGCUAUUCUCAAGGCGGACUUCUUGGACGGGCGGUACUACAAACAUAUCCGGAUCAUUGCGUUAAAACGUUCAUCUCGCUAAGUUCCCCACAAGCUGGCCAAUUUGGAGAUGACUUUUUACAUUUAAUAUUUCCCUCGUUGGUUGCUAAAACGGCCUACCAGCUAUUCUACACCUACGUGGGACAACACACAUCUGUCGCUAACUAUUGGAACGAUCCACACCACCAGGACCUGUUCGAGGAGUUCAGCAUCUUUCUGCCAUACGUUAACAAUCGCAUUUUGUCAGUAAAUUCUACACAAUUCCGUGACACGCUCGUGCGUCUAGAUCGGCUGGUACUGAUCGGUGGACCGGAUGAUGGUGUUAUUACACCUUGGGAAUCUAGUCAUUUUAGCUUCUAUAACCAAACGUACGCUGUGGUUCCGUUACACGAAAGUGAAAUUUAUACCGAGGAUUUAAUAGGACUGAAAACGCUGGAAGAAAGUGGCCGGCUCCACAUCAUUGUGCGGGAAAACGUACAUCACUAUCAGUGGCAUCGUAAGAACGAUGUGAUUGAUAGCGUUAUUUUGCCUUAUCUGGACUAGUUUAAACGCACUAAUUAUCGCACGUGUUUUUAAUAAUAUUAACGUUACCGGAUUCUAGCGACUAAGUGCACUUUUAAGCAGUUGACACUUUGGGGGCAAUACACAUGAUAUUAAGUAGGUAGAAUAUGGAUGAGAAUCAAAGCUUUAAAGUUGCAAUUAAUUUAAGGCUGAUAUGUUCAAUAGUUUAAUAGAGCGAGACACAUAACACGGUGCCACUAGUGAUGUGAUCUUCACAUUUUCAGGACAAUAAAAUAAAUAAGUUCAAUUAAUUUGUAUCCAAGUGUAGUGCUUCCUUCAUAUUAAUCUACUUAUCACAAAGCGAUUGCGAAAGGUAUUUGUUAUAACGAAUAAACAAUCGAUUUCCUUCUUUCAAA